AUGUUUAACAGAACGAGACUUAAACGACACUUGGGGCUCGUUGAACAAUGUGACGCUGAAACGACAGGCUCAGCUCGUUCAACAGUUGGCACUCACGGAGAGUCCAGCUCCCAGACAACAAAAACUGCAGCUGACCCAGUAACCACUGAGCCCUCUAAGUCAAAUACUUCAGUGGUUACUUCAGUGACAACGGGACUGAUAGUAAACCCUUCUCCGGGAAUAAUAUUUCUGCCUUCGCCAGGAACUUCAGUGUCCGGCACGUGCCCUGAGAGCGACCAGAUCCACUGUGGCACCAGCGACAGGUGCACCAGGAUCAGGUACAUCUGUGACGGCGACAACGACUGCGGCGACAACACUGACGAGGACAGUACCUUGUGUGCGGCUUGGAGGAACACAGACUGCGAGAGAAACCAAGCCAAGUGUACAAGAAGUGGACGGUCUGACUGUGUCACCAUCAGUCACUACUGUACACUCACCAGUCCUCCGUGUGAGGGCACUGUAGACCAGCGUCUCUGUCAGAUGCUGGCCAAUGGCAAGAUCCGACCUCUGAGAGAAAUUCAGUUACACACUACCACACCUGCUCCCACAGAACCAGCACCCACUGAACCAUCCAUUCACGUGAGGGAGGAGAACUUUGCGGGUCAAUUCCUAAUGAAGCUGAACAACACCAUCCGACAUCCUGACUGCCCCUGGCUCUACACCAAGGUCGGCGACCAGUGCCUCUCCAUCUUCUUCGUCGGUAACAUGAGCUGGAUGGAGGCGAGGACCUUCUGUCAGACUAUAGGAGGAGAUUUGUUCACCAUCACUGAAGAUUUCAAGGCCUUUGCUGUCCUCCUUCAGCACUUCAUGACUCACCAGAUGACUGCAGACUUCUGGAUAGGAGGAAGGUACAUCAAUACGACAGUAGGCUGGACCUGGAUUAAUGAUGCACCGUUACCCUUGGGUUCACCUUACUGGGCUGUCAGGUAAGCUGGUCUAUUUUCC